AUGACCCUAACCCUGCCCGCAACGGACCCGAAGACAAUCAAGCAAAUGAACGAACCCCCUGAGAAUCCCUUGCUCAACCCACCGAGUGAAGAACAAGGCGUUGUAACGGAUGCAGACUCCACAGUUGCUACCGAAAACGAGGAAACAUUGAAACCAACAGCAAGCGUCGAGCCAGCGACUCGCGAGAACACUCCUCGCCACGACAUCGACAGUGGCUCUUCCAAUGAUCCUCUGUUGGAACAAAAGGGCCCCAGUACAGACAGAAGCCCCGAUGGAGAUUCUAACGACGUUCCUCCGCCUCUCGAAAACGCAACACCGUACGCCUGCAAUCCCUACGAACAGGUACACGCUUCUGGUGUGCUGAAUCCGCACCCGGCACUGGCGAUGCAGUUCUACGAAGCCCGCAUGCGGGAUCACGCCGUUGCCUACGCAUCGGCAGCAGCUGGUGCGGCAUGGGCUGCUGCCCAAGUAGCUCAGGCAGCCGCUGACUAUGCCGUCGGGACCGGCCCGCCUCUGCCAACUUUUGGAGGUCUACCGACAUGGAACAACUCCACCUACGCCUAUUCUAACGCCAAUCAAUUCCUACCUUCCUUCGGCACUCCAUCGUCUCCAAUGCAUCCUCAUUUCGCCAUGUAUGCAAACUCGUAUUAUUUUCCGGAGCAGCUCACGCACCAAUACUACCAGCCUCCGGUGUCGAAUGAAAGACAGAAUUACGGUGGUACACAAAAGCAAGAUCGGAAUGGUCCGGGUCAAGUGGACGAUGGUAAGACCAAGGAGUCAAUCGACCAUCUGGAUUGUCCGAAACAGCAUCACCAGCGCAGAAAACGACAACAAAGACUUCCUCUUGAGGAAACAUCGAUUCCAAAAGUGAUUUCGUCCCGUCAGUCAACCGCGUCUCAAGGCACCGUCGGUGAAGGAUACGAACCUUCCAGCGCAAACAAUAACCAGAGCAGCAGUCGGGGGCGUUGCCGAUAUACUGGUCGUGGUAAAGUCCGCCGCCGUCUACUACGAUCCGAUGGGGAUAGUAGUAGCAGUGGGAGCAACGUUUUCCCACAACCACGCACGCACAACAAAAAGAAGGCUCGCUCGGAUGAAUCGCUUUUGGGCAAGACCGCCAUUUCCGCCUUGUAUGAAUGGUGCAGCAAGCGACAGCGCACGCCUUCUUUUCUUCUUCAAAAAGCAGGAUAUUCUGGAAACUUUGCUUUUAAGGUAGUUUUGGAGGACGGCGAAGAAUAUGGGGUGGGUGAUGGAUGCACCAAGAUCGCUGCCAAGCAACUGGCAGCCAAACGAUCUUUGCAAGCAUUGGUCCCGGGAGUUGUGUUCGACGAAUCCACAGGAGUGGUGGUGGGUUUACGCUGUACGCCGAAGCGCAAGGACAGCGCUUCAUUGGAAGCGGACGAUCUAGCACCAAACUUGGCUAAGCGAUUGGCAAUUGGUCACAAUGACGAGGACUGCGAUACGGAGUCUUUUGACGGGGAUAGAUCAAAAUUGUCCAAGCCUGCGAAACAGGCAAAGCGUACCCUUGAUAUUUACCCUGGGACUUCGACAGCUUCAGAAGACGAAGACGAGAACGAAUACUAUACCUCGCGUGGUGCAAGUGUUUGCUCCGCUCUGUUGCAUGCACUUGUUCAAAUUGACCCAUGUUUGCCAGAACCGCCAUCAUUUACUUAUGGCCAGGAGGAAAGUAUAUUGCCUACGUUAGUGGCCUCCUUGAAGGGGCGGAAGAAUGGUUUCCGCGUUCACCGUCCAUCGUAUAAGUGUACGGCGGCGUUAAGUCGCAUUAUACCAGAGACGGGCACCAAUACCCCCUAUGACAGCGAGGAGGAUGAAAAGGCAUUUUUGACACAUGUGAAAGAUCGUGAGACGUCAUCGGACACGCUGCCUCUUGAGGAGCAUCUGGAGGCGUCUGGUAUUGGUGGAACAAAAAGAGAAGCUAGACAUAUAGCUUCUUCGAAAUUACUGGCGCUAUUGUUUCCGGAAUGUGAAUCUAUGGUGGAGGUGAAAGCCGCGGCGGAAGCAAUACGAGAUGCCCACGUCGCAUCCAAAGGAAGCAAAGCUCACCCACGGCCAAUUGUGAAGGACGAAGAAGUUAAAUCUGUGCAUCGAUGCAUGGUAAAAAUAGCAGGCAAUCCUCCUUUGCCAGAACAACUUCGUGCAAACCUUGAGCUCCUUCUCAUCGGCGCUGCUGACCGAUUUGACUCUAGGCUCUUGGAUAGGAAGGUGAAAGUGGCAGCAGAAGACGAUGAUUGCGAGCAUGUGAAUCUACGUAAUCCUGAUGAACUUGCAUAUUGUCGAGACCAUGUCGAUCGAUUGGUAGAAAUCGCUCUCCAGAACUACAACGACCACGACGAGGAAGGGCGGUGCCUUCCCGACGAACUGACAGCAGACGAUGUUGGAAGGACUAUACUUCGUAAAGCGACAGACGUGGACCUGCCUAAUAUUGUAAGACUAUUCGAAUUGAAUGCUGAGGCGUUCGGAAAUAUCCAACAGGUGCACAAUUCGGAGACAGCGUCAGCUCCCGACGAACCAGUUGCGUGCGAAAAGCUCGCUAGCCAUGAUCCACUUGCCGCUCCGCUAAAAUCGACAACAUCAAUUGUUCUGCUGCUUUGCAGGGCAAUAACGCCAUUCAACGACCCACCUUUGGGUUGCGCCAUUCUUACAAGGGGGUUUUCAACGCAAGAAGGCUGCAAUUGGAGAGUGACAGCGAUCGCCAACGAACCUCAUGUGCCCCCAGAGCGUUUUAUUGAAUGCAUCGAAACCUUUGCCAAACAUAUGGACUGUGUACUUGAACCGUUUCUUUGUAAAUCUCAAACAGAUGCAUUGAAAUCAAAAAGCACGACUCAAGCUUCUGCUUUGCAUUCGUUGGCUUCUCAUUUUGGCUCUUCACGGGACGAACACGAAGAUGAUGACAACAGAGGUAGACCCCCGAGCUCAUUGCAGCAGCUAUCGUCGCACCUUCAGUCAGUUGCUGAGGAAAGUGAGCUAUCUGAAUCAUCCACUGUAAAAAUAGAGACACGGGCGGCGAAGCGCAUGAGAAAACCGAACAAGAAGUCAAGAGUAAACUAA